AUGGUUGUCACGAAACAGACCGCGGAUACAAUUCGAGAUUACCUGAAAGUUCAUUAUCUGAGGACGCGGGAUCACGGCCAAGCGAUCGAACUGCUAUACGGACGAGACCGACAUGAAGAUCUAUACUUCGACCUGUAUGAGUCUUCGUCACGAUACAUCGACCAAGACUGGAUCAGUCGUGGCCUAGAGUACCUAUGCUUCGAAGACACAUUGCAAUAUGUCGCGCUUCCGCGUCUCGAAUUGACAAAAAAGGUGCAGUCCGUCGAUUCGCGCUUUGCUCGGGUGAGGAAUUCGCUCCCUGAUGGUGAGGGUAGGCGCGAUAUGGUAUUUAUGUUUGACUUUCUGCGAAAGAAGGGAGUAUCACGAAUUCUGCGAGUCAUUGUGGAUGACACGACCUCUCCAGCGCACAACGAUGAAGCAAUCGAACAGGCGCUGGGGGGCUUUCGGGUCGAGUUGUGGGACUGGCGCAAGAUUGACAUCUCUCUUGACACGAUCAUUAGUGUGGCGCUGGAUGUUCGGGAGGUGUAUUUGUACUGGAGUGGGAACAACGCGGUGCUGCGUGGAUGGAGCGAUCACAGCGGUCUGGCACAAUUAAAAAGCCUGCGGACUGUGCACCUGCAUGUUAACCAGAACAUUCGGCCUCCGACUGGGUGGAAAGAAGACGUGCGCGUGGCCUUAAUCGACUAUGGUGUCGACAUUGAAGAAAAGACGCUGCGAGGUAAGAUUAUCGGCGGUCAAAUGCAGCGGUCCUUUUAUGUGUCAGGCAGUGGGCAUGGGACCGUCAUGGCUAGCCUCAUCUGGCGGGUGUGUCCCACUAAGAGUGCAGCUAAGGCUGUUCGCGCAGCGAUUGACCGACGGGUUCACAUCAUCUCCAUGUCAUGGACGAUCGAACGCAACGAACAGAAUGCGGCCGACAUUCGAGACUUGGAAGCCGCGAUCGGAGCCGCUGCUAACGCAGGCAUCCUCAUGUUUUGUGCGGCGAAUGAUCAAGGAGCGGCGUUGGAUGUCAGCUUCCCUGCUGCUUGUGCCAAUACCAAGAACAUCUUCAAGAUCGGUGCUGCGGAGGCUUCUGGCGCGGUAUGGAAGUGGGUAGGAGACGCGGCGGCCGUCGACUUCAUUUUUCCCGGCCACAAAGUGGUGAAAGAGCGACCCAACGACGCACCGAUCGACAAAUGCCAGACCUUGACGGGGUCUUCGGUAGCCACUGCUAUUGCAUCUGGGUUAGCAGCGCUGAUUCUCUAUUGCGUGGAACUCAGCUUCGUGCAGACACAGGCUAUCAACCAACCUGGCAAGAUGGAUCACUUCGGGGGCCUCCAACGUCAUGAGCGCAUGCGUGAGGCCUUUUUAGCAAUUGGCACAACUCAGAGUACUGGGAAUAAGUAUAUCGAGGUGUGGAAUGUGUUUGAGAAGGCCGUGGAGAAGAGCCAGGGAAAGCCACCAGACCAAUUCCCAGCCAUUGUCAAUGAGGUUGCCAACAAGUUGAAGGCCAGGAAAUUGCUGGAGUGA